UUGAAAAAAUUCAUCAAAUUUAAUGUAUUGAUUAUUAUGCUAAUGUAUUCAUUAGGAUUAAUCAAUAUAUAUUAAGAUGACAUCACCAUCUAAUAUUAAAGGGAAAACUUUACUCCACAAGGUGACGUCUCAUAAGUUUAGGAGUCAGAUAAUGUUAGUGUUUUUUGUUUUAGUUAUAAGUAUAGAUUGAUAGAUGUAUAUAAUUGGUGUGUGUUUGUGAGAGAGAAAGAGAAAGAAAAGUCAAAGGAGAGAUAAAAAGAGAGAAAGAUGGAGGGAAUUGAGAAGGUAGAAAGCAAGGAAUGUUACAUGGCAGGUUACGCUAGAGAUGGUUUACCAUCGUCUGAUCAUCUUAAGAUCAGAACUGUUACUUUAUCAUUAGAUCUUGAUUCAAUCCCUGAUGAUCAUGUAGCUAUUCAGAGCCUUUGGAUCUCUGUUGAUCCAUAUCUACGCUCCAGAAUGACUGGUAUUGCUGAAGAUGGUCUUAAUGUUUCCCAAUUUCCCAUCAACCAGGCAAUUGGAUCAUACGGUGCAGGGAAGAUAAUAAGAUCAAAGAGCGAGAAAUAUAAGGAGGGGGAUAUAGUGAUAUGCCCAGAAAUGCCAAUUGCAGAGUAUAGCAUUGUACCCACCAAAGCUGUGGCUAUCAAGGUUGAUCCUGCUUUUGGGGUUGACCCUGUGGAUUAUCUCUCUGUGCUUGGAGUACCAGGAUUUGCGGCAUGGAUAGGAAUUGAAGUAAUAGGAAAGGCAAAAGAGGGAGAAAAUGUGUUUAUUUCUGCAGCUGCUGGUGGUGUUGGUAUGGUUGCUGGUCAAUUAGCUAAACUUAAAGGUUGUUAUGUUGUUGGAAGUUGUGGAUCUGAUGACAAGGUGAAGCUAUUGAAAGAGGAAUUUGGAUAUGAUGAAGUUAUCAAUUACAAGAAAGAACCUGAUCUUGAUGCUGCUUUAACCAAGUACUUCCCAAAUGGAAUUGACAUAUACUUCGAGAAUGUUGGAGGCAAAACUCUUGAGGCAGUUCUUAAUCAUGUUAAUGGAUUUGCACGUAUUCCUCUUUGUGGAAUGAUAUCUCAAUACAAUAAGGUUUGGACAGAAAGGGAAGGAGUGAGGAAUCUGUUGAAUAUGGUAGGAAAAGAAGUUCAUAUGCAAGGUUUCAUGUUACGUUCAUAUAUGAAUCGGUUUGUAGACUUUAUAACAGAAAUGGGUGGUUACUUGAAGGACAAGAAAAUAACCUCAAAACUCAAGAUCAACAAAGGCAUUGAGAGUUUUCCAGAGAGCUUGGCUUCCCUUUUUACAAGUUCAAAUAUUGGAAAAGUGGUUAUUGAAGUUUAAAUAAGGCUUAGUUACGUAUUUAUAUGUCAUUUUGAGUUUGAGUGUGAGUAAGAGUUCACUUUUUUAUUUUUAUGUCACAAAUGUUUGAUUUGGUUGUAUACUCUAAAACACCUUUUGUGAUAUAAGUAUAAUUAUAUUGGUUGCUGUUUUUGAAAA